AUGCCCGGUAAGAGUCUGGGAUGGUCUAGAACGGGAAAUGCUACAGAGACAUCGACUUUGUUGCCGGUACAUAAGAAUACAAAGAUAGAUCAGGAGAUAGCAUCAGAAAAUGAAAAGGUUGUAGAAAAGAGGCCCAAAUUGGGCACUUUCGAAGGGGUAUUUCUACCAACAGCUUUGAAUGAACUUUCUAUUUUGAUGUUCUUGAGAUUUGGGUUUAUUAUAGGACAGAUGGGUAUCACGGGUACAUUCUUGCUAUUAAUUAUGUCAUACACAAUCGACAUUCUAACGGUUAUGUCGAUCAGUGCUAUAUCUACCAAUGGUACCGUCAAGGGAGGUGGAGCAUAUUAUAUGAUAUCUAGGUCUCUAGGGCCCGAAUUUGGUGGCGCUAUUGGAGUAAUUUUCUGCAUAGGCCAGAUUCUCAAUGCAUCUUUGAAUGUUGUGGGUCUCAUAGAACCUAUCCUAGUCAACUUUGGCGAGCAUAAUGGUGACAUUCUCCAAAUAUUACCGAUUGGAUAUUUUUGGCAAGCACUUUAUUGUUCGAUUGUGCUAGCAUGCUGUACGGGAGUGGCUUUGGUGGGUGCCAAAUUGGUAUCUAAAACUGCAUUCUACUUGUUCAUUAUUUUAUCAUUGAGCACAUUAUCAAUUCCCAUUUCAGCUCUUUUUGUAAAGCCAUUUAAUCCCUUACCUCCUCCUCACCAGAAUCUAGCAUAUACCGGAUUGUCUUGGGCGACAGUGAAAGAAAACAUGUGGCCUCACUUCACAAGCGGUGCUGCAGGUUCAGUCUUAGCACCAGGAGAGAAAGAAACGUUCAAAAAUUUGUUUGGGAUUUUUUUCCCUUCUACUGCUGGUAUAUUUGCCGGUGCUUCGAUGUCGGGCGAGCUUGCAAAUCCGUCUAAGUCAAUUCCCCAAGGAACAUUGAAAGGGCUGUUGCUUACGUUUAUUUUUUAUUCUUUGGUCAUAGCUAGUUUGGGGUCUACAAUAUCAAGAGAACUAUUUUAUCAAGACAUUAAAGUGAUCCAAACAGUUAACAUGCAUAAGGUUGUUGUGCUACUUGGGGAGAUUUCUACGUCUCUUUUCUCUGCAAUUAUGGGAAUCGUGGGUGCCGCGACCAUGUUGUCUGCAAUUGCUGAUGACAAGAUCAUUCCUGGCUUAUCAGCAUUCACUGUAUCAAAAAAAUCUUCAAAGGAAAGGAAACUUGGCGAAUCAUUAAGUGUUUUAGCAACAUGGUGUGUUGCUCAAAUCUUUUUAUUUGCAGAUAUUAAUCAAAUUGCUACAUUUAUUACUAUGGCAUUUUUAAUGACAUUUAUUGUUACGAAUUUGGCUUGCUUUUUAUUAAGGGUUGGCUCUGCUCCGAACUUUAGACCAUCGUUUAAAUAUUUCAGCUCUAGAACUGCACUUACGGGAUGUUUGACGUCGAUAUUUGCAAUGUUUAUUGUUGAUGGAAUAUCCGCUUCUUUGAUUAUAGUUUUUUUGAUGCUUUUAAUUAUUAUAAUUCAUUAUCUUACACCUCCUCUGAAGUUUGGUGAUAUAUCUCAAUUAUUAAUAUAUCAUCAGGUGAGAAAAUAUUUGCUCAGACUAAAGUUGCAGAUGAGUGUCAAAUACUGGAGGCCUCAAAUCCUCUUACUUUGUGAUGAUCCAAGAACAUCAUGGAAUUUAAUUGGGUUUUGCAACCAUUUGAAAAAAGGAGGAUUAUACAUCUUAGGACAUGUUGUCGUUCUUAAUGAUGAGGCUAACCCUGAAAACAAUAGCCUGGAAUUUGGGGUUAACUCUUAUAAAGAAAUUCAAAAGCAAAGGAAUGCAUGGCUGAAACUUCGUGAUAUGUCAAAUAUUAAAGCUUUUGUUCAGAUUGCAUUAGGACCAACAUUGCCUUGGGGCGUCCGUAAUGUCUAUCUAGGAUCGGGACUUGGUGGUAUGAGACCAAAUAUAACAGUUUUGGGAUUUUAUGAUUUUGUAAAGCAUGGCGUUGAAUUACCAUUUUUAUCGUCUUUCAAGGAUAAGAAUAAAAUAACUGAGCUCCCCACAGAUGAUUGUAGAAAAGAAAGAAAAGUAUCUAUCGGUCAAUGGGUUCAAAUCGUGGAAGACCUUAUUAUUAUGCAAGCUACAGUUGCUGUUGCAGCAAACUUUGGUGCUAUGAACCUACCUCAACCUGAAGUGAAAAGGCAACAUUUUUGGUCUCAACCAAAACCAUCAAAUUCUGACGUGAAGAAAUACAUUGAUUUAUAUCCUAUCCAAAUGUCAUCUAUUAGCCAUCUUGAAAAUGGAAAAUCUGUUCUUUCAACAAAUUUUGAUACUUACACCUUAAUUUUGCAGUUAGGAGCAAUCUUGGUGACUGUCCCAGAAUGGAAAUACAGCUUGUAUUCAUUAAGGGUAAUUGUUUUUGUUGAAAACCAAUUUGAAGUAAAUGACGAAAAGAAAAGAGUCAGUGAAUUAUUAUCUACCUUGAGAAUUGAAGCCGAAGUAAAGAUUAUCUGCCUUGAUGAUGGAACUUUAAAUUCUUACAAUUUGUUAGUCAAGGGAUAUUCGAAAACAUCUGGUAAUAAGAAAAUAUUUGAUAGACUUGACAGGACCUUAAAACACGAUCAAUGGUGGAAGAACCUAUGUAAUGCUAGGCACACAUUAAAGGAAUUGGAGAAACAGAAAGUAAGGAAACAAGCUAAGAAGACACAAUCAGGUAUUGAUGAAGCAUUGAAGAACAUCACCUCCUUAGAUUUGAAUCACCCGUCUUCUCGAGUAAUACCUUCUAACCUUUCAACUAAUGAGUUUAAAAAUAACAGAAGAUAUACAAUUUCUAAUUUACAAGAUAGGGGACUUUCGCUAUCAUUUAACAUGAAGACUCAACAACAAGAUUUCUUUGCAUUUGAAGAUUCAUCGAGCAGUGACUCAAGUGAUAAUGAAAGAGAAGAUAUCUCUUGUAAUAUCGAAGACAGUCUUGAUAGCUCUAGAAUACUUGAUAGAAUAACUUCGCAUUCACCUAAUAUUGAUGAUAACCAUGAAUCAUCGAAUAAAAAUAAUCAAGAUGUGGCCGAGAAUGCGCAAUUAAAAACAUUGACAAAGUUGAAGGAAUAUGAUGACUUAAGGUCAGGGAGAAAUGUUUCUACUGAUCGAUUAUCGAUAAAGUCAUCAAGGUCUAGUUUAAGGCCAAAUUUCCUGUCCGUAAAAUUUCCAAAAGCAAAAUUUGAUGAUGAGGACCAUGAAGCCGAUGGAGACAACCCUUCUAUACGAUUUGUGAUCGACGACGAUAGUGAUAUUGAAGAUGAGAAUGAUAACGAAGAAGCAAAAGAAGAAGCUACAGAAAAAGGUAAAAAGCAUAUGUUCACCAAGGUAACAAGUAGUAUGGAUAGAGAAAGAGGUAUUAGUCACGUUUCAAGACUUGACCAGAAAGGAAAGAAGGGGUCUAAGAAAGCAGACAUCAUCAAUACUUUGAAAUCUAAAGGUAUAUUGGAGGAGCCUCCAAAGUCACCGUCAUUUAUGACAAAUGACGAUGAUAUUAUUCGUCGUAUGAAUAGCCCAGAAUUUUUAACCGUCGAAGAUGGCGAGGAGGCUAAUAAAGAAAAAAUUCCUUCUGAGGGAUUAUCUUAUUUACCGAAGAAUGCCUUGUCUGGGUAUGAAGACGGAACGGGAGUUCUCAAGGCUAACGAUUCUGCACAUCAGAGUGCCGAGGCUCACGAAGGUAAAGGUCUCACGCAAAGACAAUUACAAGAGGAGCUUAAGAAUCUAUCGUUCAAUGAUUUACCUGCUAAAGGACAGCAUCUUAUUUUGAAUGAGUUGAUGAGAUCCAAUUCUCCGUUAGAUCAAACUGACGUUAUUUUUUCAACUUUGCCAGCCCCCUUUAUUGGUACCCAUCUUGACGAGGAAGAUUCUUUUAUCUACACCCAUAAUUUAGCUAUAUGGACUGAUGGAUUACCACCUACUUUACUUAUUAACUCUCAAACAGUUACUGUAACCACUGCAUUGUGA